AAUCUGCAUUUAUUGAUGACUCCGGGCAUAUAGAGUGAGAGAGAGAGAGAGGAGAGAGAGCGGAUUGAUGCCUGAGAGCUGCGGCUGCGGUUGCUGCGUGCUCGAGUACGCUCCAUCGUUGCAUCUUUUCCUCGACAGAUUCAAUCCCUUUCUCCAUUUGUUCAAUCUAGCAGGCGCCCAGCGACUUGGUGGAGAAGAAAUGUCCACCAUCACUGUUCCUGCUUCUUCCCCUUCCCCUGAUGAGGACGCCAACAAGCUAAGAAGAGCCUUCCAAGGAUGGGGGACGGACGAGAAGACGAUUAUUGAGGUAUUAAGUCAUCGCAACGCCGCACAGCGAUUGGCGAUAGCUGAGGCUUACGCUCGCCUUUAUGGGGAGUCACUACUCGAGCGCCUCCAUUCCGAACUCUCUGGAGACUUCAGGAAAGCAGUGAUGCUAUGGACGAUGGACCCUGCAGAAAGGGAUGCCAAAUUGACAAAUGGGGCACUUAAAAGAACAGGGGACAGCCAUCUUUGGGUGAUCAUAGAGGUUGCAUGUGCUUCAUCACCUGACCAUCUGAUUGCUGUGAGGAAGGCAUAUUGCUCUCUUUAUUCUUCCUCCAUCGAGGAAGAAGUUGCUCACAGGUUCUCCACGGUAGAACCUCUCAGCAAGUUGUUGGUGUGUCUGCUUACAUCUUAUAGGUAUCCUGGUGAUCAUGUCGACAGCGAGUUGGCUAAGCAUGAAGCAGCUCAGCUCUCUGAUGCAGUCAAAAGUAAUCAAGUAGGCAAUGAUGACGUUAUUCGCAUACUUAGCACAAGAAACAAGUCACAACUUGUGGAAACAUUCAAGCACUAUAUUGAGAAUUAUGGGAAACACAUUGUUGAGGACAUUGAAGUCAUUGAUAAAAGUCAGUUCGCAAGAGUGCUGAAAACUGCUAUCUGGUGUCUUGCAUCCCCAGAGAAACACUUUGCUCGGGUUGUGAGAACAUCAGUUGUCGGGCUUGGAACUGAUGAAGAUUCUCUUACGAGAGCUAUCGUUUCACGAGCAGAAAUUGAUUUGAGGAAGAUCAAAGAGGAGUAUAAGAUCCAAUAUAAAACCACCUUAAAAUCUGAUGUAAUUGAUGAUACCUCGGGGGAUUACAUGAGGUUCUUACUUGCCUUGGUUGGCUCUGAAGACAUAUGAGAAAGAAAAAAAAAAGAUUUGUUUCAGAGAAAUGUGAAGUUUGAUGUACAUACAUGCUUAGUUAAUAAAUAAGGUGUGAAUCAUUGGUUUGCUUAUAGACAACGUUGUGAGAAACUUUUUAGACAUUUGGAAUAAAAGUUAAUUGUGUAUUGAACUUCA